UCGUGGACACGUAGGGCCCCUCUCCUCCUGUCAGUGAGCCCCGCCAGCUGCAGCCAUGUUGGAAAAGCUCCGGCUCCAGCAGCAGCAGCAGCAGCAGCAGCAGCGGUGCUAACAGCUAGCGUCAGUGGACACCGACUACCGGGCACGGCGCUGUUGUGGACAAAAACAUACAGGGAGAGAGACUCAUAACGGAGACAGAUACAGCCACCAAGCCGGCUCUUAUAUCAACCAGCAUACCUGUGUACAUUUCAAACUUACUGGCUGAAAAAGGUGGCCGGUUACGGAGGGUUAGUCGCGGCCGGGCUCCGGGGGCUGAAGCGGAUAUUUCCAGAAUAUCAUACUAUGCUGAAUAUGACGCCCAGUUAGCCCCAGCAGGAGCAUCUGAGUCAGGCAUGGCAUCAUCUUCCUACUUGGAACCCAACCACAAUCACUCCUCAGCGGGUGGUUGUGGGGUUAAAUCCCGUUCUGGGAUUCCUGGUGGUACUGGUGUUGGUACCAGCGCCUCUGCCGGAGGUCUAGAGCGGCCCCCGGGCUCUAUGGACCGGGUUCUGAAGAUCUUUCAUUAUUUUGAGACAAACAGUGAACCAUGCACCUGGGCUAGUAAUAUCAGGCACGGAGAUGCUACAGAUGUCAGGGGUGUUAUCCAGAAGAUAGCAGAGAUCCACAAAUUGCGCUGUGUGUCCUCACUGGGCCUCCGUCUGACCCAUCUGCACUCUGAUGCACUCCACUGGUUACACCCCGAUUUGGGCGUGUCUCACGUCAGAGAGAAAUAUGAGAAACAGCACCCCCAGGAGGAAUGGAGGUAUGAGUUGCGGAUGCGGUACCUUCCCAAAGGUUACCUCAGCCAUUUUUCUGAAGACAAACCUUCUCUCAACUACCUCUAUCACCAGGUCAAGAGUGACUACAUGCAACAUAUAGCUGAUCAGGUGGAUCAAGAUGUUGCUUUAAAACUGGGCUGUUUGGAAAUUAGGAGGUUCUUCAGAGAGAUGCCAGGAAACGCGCUGGAUAAGAAAUCUAAUUAUGAACUACUAGAGAAAGAUGUUGGUUUGAGAAGGUUUUUCCCCAAAAGCCUGUUGGACUCGCUCAAGGCAAAGACUCUUCGUAAGCAGAUCCAGCAGACCUUUAAACAGUUUGCUAACCUCAAUGAUGAGCAGAGCAUCCACAAGUUCUUUGAGAUACUCUCUCCCAUCUACCGCUUCGACAAGGAGUGCUUCAAAUGUGCUUUGGGGUCUAGUUGGGUUAUAUCAGUAGAGUUAGCUAUUGGACCAGAGGAAGGAAUCAGCUACCUCACAGAUAAAGGCUCAACGCCUACACACUUAGCUAACUUUAACCAGGUUCAGUCCAUCCAGUACUCUGCUUUGGAGGAGAAGGACAGGAAAGGCAUGCUGCAGCUCAACGUAGCGGGAGCUCCAGAGCCCCUCACAGUCACCACGGCAUCGCUGACUACAGCAGAAAACAUGGCUGACUUGAUUGACGGCUACUGUCGACUCGUCUCCUCAGCUACUCACUCGUUCAUUGUCAGAGUCCACAAAGAAGGGGACCGAGCUCUGCCUUCCAUCCCAAAAGUUUCAAAUCAUGAGAGGCGGAUGGAAAAACGGAUGGACGGAGUACGGACCAGAGCUGUUUGUGUCUCAGGUCACACUAGUGGCGAUGAAACUGACGACUAUGCUGAGAUCAUAGAUGAGGAGGACACGUAUACCAUGCCUUCAAAAUACUAUGGACUAGAUCAAGCACGGGACUAUGAGAUUCAGCGAGAUCGUAUUGAGUUGGGACGCUGCAUAGGUGAAGGUCAGUUUGGAGACGUCCACCAAGGAGUCUACAUCAGCCCGGAAAACCCGGCCCUGUCUGUGGCAGUGAAGACGUGUAAGAACUCAACAUCAGACAGCGUCAGGGAAAAGUUUCUCCAAGAAGCAUUAACCAUGCGUCAGUUUGACCACCCGCACAUUGUGAAGCUGAUGGGAGUCAUCACAGAGAAUCCAGUCUGGAUCAUCAUGGAGCUCUGCACACUCGGAGAGUUACGGUCGUUUCUCCAGGUGAGGAAGUACAGUCUAGACUUGGCCAGUCUCAUCUUGUACUCAUAUCAGCUCAGCACGGCGCUGGCAUAUCUGGAGAGCAAACGCUUUGUACACAGGGACAUCGCAGCACGAAACGUGUUGGUGUCUACAGUCGACUGUGUGAAACUGGGGGACUUUGGUCUGUCACGAUACAUGGAAGAUAGCUCCUAUUACAAAGCAUCUAAAGGUAAACUUCCUAUUAAAUGGAUGGCCCCAGAAUCCAUCAACUUCAGACGAUUUACCACAGCCAGUGACGUCUGGAUGUUUGGCGUCUGCAUGUGGGAGAUCCUAAUGUUCGGCAUCAAGCCAUUCCAGGGUGUGAAGAACAACGACGUCAUCGGCAGGAUAGAGAACGGCGAGCGACUGGCUAUGCCCCCUCAGUGUCCGCCUACUCUUUACAGCUUGAUGACAAAGUGUUGGUCGUAUGAUCCCAGCAAGAGGCCACGCUUCACUGAACUCAAAACACAACUGAGCACUAUAUUAGAGGAGGAGAAGCUCCAGCAGAAGGAGAGGAACAGGAUGGAGAUGAGGAGACAGGUCACUGUGUCUUGGGACUCCGGAGGGUCUGAUGAAGCACCACCAAAACCCAGCCGUCAUCCCUCCCUGCAGCCCACCUUCAGUCUGGAUUGUCUGUCUCCUACUUCUCCUCACCACCAUUGCCAUCCAAACCAGCGCUUUGCCUCACAGCUUUCCCUCUGCCUUGGAAACCCUCAUCCUUCGUCUCCCUGCACCUCUUCUCACCUACCCGCUCCUCCACUCUACUCAUCAUCUCUGCAAUUUCACAAUCACUUUUCCCCUUCUCACAAUCCUCAAUCCCCUCUUCUUCAAAAUGACACUUACAACAAUCGCUCUAUCUCUCAGCAUAGCACCAAGUUGAAUCCUGAAUCCAAAGCUCAUCCCAGCUUGUCCCUACAGCCUCAUUCUAACUUCUCUUCACCACCUCACCCAGACAUCGUGUCCAAUGGCAGCUGCCCCAACAAGAAAAAUCCCCCCACUAACGGCCACCUGCUCUGCUCAUCCCGGCCAAAGUCAAACAACUCACACUUCCAUCCCUGGCAUUUUUCCACAGUCCAUUCCCAAUCCAGUCCUAACCUUAACUCUCUGCCCAGCAGCAUGUCAAAUGUUUGUCCCCACACCCACCAAAACAUCCAGCCCAGGUCAAAUUCUAAUCUUAAAACCCUGCUGUUGCCCAGUUUACACCCUGGCUGCCAAACUAAUCCCAGUACCCCACUACAACCUGAAUCUGACCCUGGGCGCCAGCUCCCGGCUGUGCAGUCAUGUGGGAGGCCCCCGCUGGUUUCUCAUGCCCCCCUCACUCCACACACAGCUCUCACAGUCACCUCUGCCUAUACACCGACUAACCACCACCCACCCAGUUGCAUGACGAGUCUCCCUGUAACUACUCAUCCACCUUUUCCCACCACCUUUUCUGAAAGACCCAUGUCCAGACCCUUAAAGCCUAGUAGACCAGGCUAUCCCAGUCCUCGCUCCAGUGAAGGUUUUUACCCCAGUUCCCAACAUCCUGGACACUACCAGAUGGCAGGGUACCCCGGUCCGCACACCCUUCCCUCGGUGCCUAGUGCCCUGUACCCCCCACAGGCUGCAAUGCUGGACACACAUCACGCACACACACACCCCCGCCACCACGUCCACACACACUCGCACGCACAGCUCCUUCCCCAGCCACACGGACACGACAUGGCACUGUGGGGUUCUGCGAUGGAGGACAGGGCAGUAGACAUGCAGCAGUGUGUAGGCCAGCAGUGCCUGUUAAUGGAGGAACAGCUGAUGAUACAACAACAGCAGAUGGAGGAGGACCAGAGGUGGCUGGAGCAGGAGGAAAGGCUGCUGAAACCAGACUCUAGAAGUUCUAGAGGGAGUCUGGACAGAGAAGAAGGUGGACUCCAACCACCGACAGGAAACCAGCACAUAUACCAGCCCGUCGGCAAAGCAGAGCUUGCAGCUCCCCCAAAGAAACCCCCUCGACCAGGUGCCCAAGGCCAAGUUGGUAGCCUGGCCUGUCUAAAUACUGCGGACAGUUACAACGAUGGAGUCAAGCCCUGGCGGCUGCAGCCACAAGAGAUAAGCCCGCCCCCCACCGCCAACCUGGACCGCUCCAAUGACAAGGUGUACGAGAACGUGACGGGACUGGUGAAAGCUGUGAUCGAGAUGUCGAGCAAGAUUCAGCCGGCUCCUCCGGAGGAAUAUGUUCCCAUGGUGAAGGAUGUGGGUCUGGCAUUAAGGACAUUAUUGGCCACAGUAGAUGAGACUCUACCACAACUUCCAGCCAGUACACACAGAGAGAUCGAGAUGGCACAGAAACUUCUGAACUCUGACUUGGCAGAACUGAUUGGAAAGAUGAAGUUAGCCCAACAAUAUGUGAUGACCAGUCUCCAGCAGGACUAUAAGAAGCAGAUGCUGACAGCGGCUCACGCACUUGCAGUCGACGCCAAGAACCUGCUCGAUGUCAUUGACCAAUCACGGCUCAAGAUGAUGGCCCACUCCCGCCCACACUAGCCCCGCCUCAGCUGAGCUGACCAACAGGAGCUGGUCUGGCAUUUAAGAGACAUCAUCGCUAUGGUUACUGUUAGCAGUGGAGAACUAAAGACUUCUGGAUUAGUGACGUCAAUCGUGAUAUGUGAGAGUUGUUGGAGCUGACUGCUUUAAUCAAAGGAAAAAAGGACAGCUCUGAUAUUUUGACAACAGUCUGUGAAGAAUCAUUAGAUGUUGAAUCCUGUGUAAGCUGCGGUAGUCUGUUCAUCUGGGAUAAAACUCUCCACCACUGUGACUUUCUUAAUACAAGAACAGAGCAAAAACACUUCCUGAAUCAGGGACUUGGCAGCUUCACUCUCUUUGGACUGGGAUAUAAAGAUGAGAGGAGGAAAAGCAAAGACAAAGAGUGGUGACUGUGGGUGAGUAUGGGAAACAUGAUCAUGGGAGCGGCAUCAGACAUCUGGUGGAUUAGUGUUAGUGGAAUACAACUCAAGCAAAGCCAUCAGAACUUGAUCGGACUGCGUUUGAUCUGCAGCAUAUCUGCAUGAAACUUCAACGUGGGAAUGGACUCAGACGUCAGCCAGCAGCCAUGUCGGUACAUUUGUUGAUAUCAUGUAUUUUGACCCCUCGAUGUGAAGCUUCUCCUUAGCUGAAAUACCUCCACAUCACCAUGGAUUUUUUUUGUUUUUGAAUGGGCAGAUCAAACCAGAUGUUUUCUAUCCAGCUGCAGCGUAUUGAGCAGAUGCUUCGACAAGGACAUUCACAGUCAAGACAGUCUCGGUUGGUUUGGAGAAGCAGCCUCCCACCCUUCCAUCGCUCCUCCUGUUUCUCUCCUCCAUCCGUUCCCAUCUUCCCUCCGUCUCACCACGUUUUAUUUAUAGACUCAGAAAUUGCAGAGGAGGAGAGUGAGGGAGAAGCGUAUUAAAACUUGAGGACAGUCUAGCGCCGGUCUACUGCCUGAAGAAAGAACACACUGUCCUCCCCUUUCCUCUGUGUUUCAUUCACUUUGCUUUCCUUUUGUUCUCACUGUCCCUCUCCUUCCUGAAGUCUUCCUCAGCUCCUCUCUGAGCAGGUUUUAAAGACUCCAAAUGUGAAGAAUUCAACCCUGUCUGGGUAAAUGCAAGACAGGAAACUCCCUACUCGCACUCAAUUUAGUCUACUCUUUUUAUCGGCUGGCUCCAUGUUUUUUUGUUUUGUGUUUUCAGCUGUCGCAAUCUUCGUCCUCUGUACUGAUAUUCAAUCCCAGCAUUGACUUGAAAAAAAAAAAUUGUGGAUCCAGUCUGAGUGACUGGAUACUUCCUAUUUAUCUAGGAAGAAGAGGAGGACAUCAUGUCUCAGACUGGUCACUGAGCUUGACUUUAUUUCUGUGAGGACAGUGUCUCCUCUUCUUUCUUUCCCUUCACCUACAGUCCCAGUAUCAUUCAGUUCAGUUGAUCCUCAUAUGACUGGUGUCACACAAUUAACUGUCCCCUCGCCCACGGGUGUCACAAAGUGACUUUGCCAGGGGACACAAACAAACCUCACAACUGGAAGCUUUGUGCUUUGAGUCAAAGUUUCUGUCAGGUGUAACUCUUGAAAUAUGUCCCUCCUGACAACAGGGAAACAAACACACAUGAAAUGUGGAGCCACAUGACUGGAACUUGUCUCGCAGACACAAAACACUGAACUGAAACUCCAGCAGAUCACACGUGUCUUUGUUAAUACUGACCCCACAUGGAGUAUGACAUACUGCUAUAUGAUAUAUACUGGUGACUGUACUGGUAUAGCAUGAUAUACUAGUAGGGAGAGGAGCAUAUUUGCACAGCACCAAAAAAAAAAUCCUAAUUUUUUUUAACCUUAUUUUACCCAGAUUGGAUUUCCAUGUUUAGCCAGCAAUUAAACUAUCAAAUAUCUGGGUUUCAUGGGGAUAAAAAAAUGUAAAAGGAAAAAAAAAGAAACAAAAAACAAUCUAUUUUAUCUCCUUGUUGUUGCGUAAAUCUGCUCAUGUUGGUAUAUUGUAAGCUAUACUGGUGUGUAUCACUGGUGAAUUGUACAGAACUCGUACUAGUAAACACUGGUUUUUAUUUUGUCUUCUGGGCUAAAUCAGCCAUCUUGUCAGAUAGGAGGGAAAAAAAACCAAUGAAAUAAAAUAAUGACGAAAUGGAAA